UAAAAAUAAAAAAUAAAAAAAAAGAUGCAAAAAUGUUAUAAAUAAAAAAAUAAGGAGUACUACACAUAACACCCUAUACUACAUCUAAGUUGCAAUUGAAGAAAUUUUGUUAAUGAAAUUUGGUAACUGCAAUAAAUUAUCCACAUGCAGUAUGGAACUUUUGAAAUUAAUGAUGUUCAAAAGUGACUUUCUUAACAAUGAUAAAUGUGAUGAUCGUAUUGCGCCAAUUAAUUUAAGUCAAUUGCCGGAAUUUCUAUUGUCAACCAUACCAAAAUGUGGAGGAUGUCACGAGCUGAUAUUGGAUCGUUUUAUAUUAAAAGUGUUGGAAAGGACGUGGCAUGCGAAAUGUUUGCAAUGCAGCGAAUGUCAUGCUCAGUUAAAUGACAAAUGUUUCGCCCGCAACGGACAAUUAUUUUGUAAGGAUGAUUUUUUUAAGUCUUCUAAUAGGCGUUACGGAACGAAAUGUUCCGCUUGUGAUAUGGGUAUACCGCCGACUCAAGUGGUAAGGCGUGCACAAGACAACGUCUAUCACUUGCAAUGUUUCCUAUGUGCCAUAUGUUCUCGUACCCUGAAUACCGGCGACGAAUUCUACCUCAUGGAAGAUCGUAAAUUAGUAUGUAAAAGGGAUUAUGAAGAGGCUAAAGCUAAAGGCUUAUACUUAGAUGGUUCCUUAGAUGGUGAUCAACCAAAUAAACGACCACGCACCACUAUAACUGCUAAGCAAUUGGAAACAUUGAAAACCGCUUACAAUAACAGUCCGAAACCUGCGCGUCAUGUACGGGAACAACUGUCACAAGAUACCGGUUUAGAUAUGAGAGUUGUACAAGUCUGGUUUCAAAAUAGAAGAGCGAAAGAAAAACGACUGAAAAAGGACGCUGGUCGCACACGUUGGAGUCAAUAUUUUAGAACGAUGAAAGGCAAUUGUUCGCCACGAACUGAGAAAUUCCUAGAUAAAGAUGACCUGAAAGUCGAUUACGACAGUUUUAGUCAUCAUGAUCUUAGUAACGAUAGUUACAGUACGGUCAAUUUAGCUUUGGAUGAGGGAGCUUCACCUCACAGCCUGCGGGGUUCAUAUAUGCACGGUAGUUCAAGUCCUUCGCAAUAUCCCACUAGCCGUUCGCCGCCUCCAGCUGGACAAAAUCAUUCAUUCGGCUCAUAUCCCGACAACAUUGUGUACACGAAUGUCGAGCACAAUUCUUCAACGAAUCUGCACGGUUCGAAAUCAUCAUCCCAACGUUUGCAUAGCGGCAGUGCCGUUUCCGAUAUGAGUAAUGAUUCCAGUCCCGAUCAAGGUUAUCCCGAUUUUCCACCCAGUCCCGAUUCAUGGCUAGGCGAUGCGGGGAAUAACACCUCUAAUCCUAAUCCCUCAACACCUGGUGGAGUACAUUACUGAUACUCAAAUAUUUUAUUUAGAUAUUUUCAAAUGCAAACACACAAUUUACUAAUGGCUUCAACUGCUCCCGGUGCUUGCUCAGCACUCUUAAAGGAGACCAGUAUACCUGCACAUCAGAAAAAGAAAUCAAAAGCACAAAUACAAAAAUCAUAACACAGCUAAUUUUAAAUAAAAUUUAAUGUCUAACCCUUGACUCUGUUUCUUAACAUUUCUUCAACAUUUAUUUAUAAUUUUUCUUGAAAGAAAUUUGAAAAAUUCACGAUAAAAAAAAAAGAAAAA